AUGGUACUCGUUCAAGAUAUACCUGUACAGCGAUCACAGCCAUGGCCCAUUGGCCAAUACAAGCCAAUGUCGACUUUACCACCACAUGUUAAUGCAUCCUCCUCCUGCUGGCCACGAGAAACUGCAUCCUCUGCUGACAGCAGAACAAGUUGCUUUGAUCGACUUAUGCGACAUGUCAACGAUUGUAUUCAAAAAGACGAAGAAGAGGAAGAAGAAGGAGAUGACGAUGAUCUUCUCGAUACCAACCUUCCCAAAAUUCAAUGCUACCGCUAUGCAUGCAAGGGCAUCCUCGUGCACCCAUCCAAAUUCGGCGCUAUGUCUUGUGAAUCAAUAAGCAAUGGCAGCGUCUCCACGCUUGCAAGUAGCAGUGCUUCUAGUUGGUGUACACGUCGAGAUAGUGAUAACAGCACCUAUAGCAGCUGUAGUACAACAAGCCGUCGAUCACCAUCAGUGCGCUUUACAAGUGAACCACCUCGCAUUCAUUGUACACCUCCUCCAUCCUCAUUUAUUGAAUCACCAUCAUCAUCAGCUACUGCGCCAUCCGCCUCCUCCCAAUAUUGUCCUCAGCAACCAUUUCAAUGA